AUGUCCUUGAACUCAAAGUUUAAAUCUCACAAGUUUUCAAGAGUUGAGAGGUCUAUGAACAAGUUUCUGCUGAUAUUCCUACUGCUCUUGUGUAUAGAAUCAGGACUGUUGGUUGGUUUAAAGCGCUGGUACAUUUCCCAGCCAGGAGGUCAGCCCUGGUACGUCGUAGGAGAACACUCACUUACAGCCCUGGUAUUUAUUGAGGAGUUCUUAAGUUUCAUGGUUUUGCUCAACUAUAUCAUCCCCAUCUCCAUGUAUGUAACUGUAGAGCUGAUGAAGUUCUUUGGUUCAAUGUUACUGGGUUGGGAUCUUGAGCUUUAUGAUAGUGAAGUAAAUGAAAGAGCCAAGGCAAACACUUCUGAUCUCAAUGAGGAACUUGGACAGGUGGAGUACCUGUUCUCAGACAAGACAGGAACUUUGACUGAAAAUGACAUGCAGUUCCGCCAGUGCUCAAUAGGUAGAGUGAAGUACAUUGAAGUUGGUGGAAUGCUUUGCUUUAAGCCUGACAUUCCAGAUGUUCAACCAGCCCCUGUUCCACAACUUACAGCUGAAAUAGAAGAAUUCCUGAUGGUGCUGUCUUUGUGUCAUACAGUCAGAGUUGAUAAGAAAGAUAACACAGCCAUUGGCAGCUACAGUGAAACUGGCUUUGAAUAUGAAUACCAGGCUCCAUCACCAGAUGAGAAAGCUUUUAUAGAGGCAUGCAGGAGGUAUGGAGUUGUGCUACAUGGCAUGAAAGAUGACUAUAUAGAAGUGUCAUUUAAUGGUGAAAUGAGACGCUAUGAGCCUCUACACAUCCUGGAGUUUGAUGCCAAUAGAAAGAGAAUGAGUGUCAUCAUUAGGGACCAAAGUGGUGACGUGUAUCUAUUGUGCAAAGGUGCUGAGGCCACUAUGUUGCCCAGGGCAACUGGGGGUGAUAAAGACACAAUACUCAGGCAUGUUAAUGACUAUGCUGUUUUGGGACUCCGUACAUUGGUGAUUGGCAUAAGACGAUUUACAGUAGAAGAAUUUAGAUAUUAUGAUAAAAUACUCCAAGACUCUAGGAAAUCUUUAGAACACAGAGAAGAAAAGCUGGUGGAGGCUUUCAGUGCAAUAGAACAGAAUCUUACCUUACUUGGUGCUACAGCAGUGGAAGACAGACUACAGGCAGGUGUCCCUGAGACUAUAGCUGCUUUAAGGACAGCAGGGAUUAAGAUAUGGGUGUUGACUGGGGACAAAGAAGAAACUGCAGUAAACAUAAGCUACUCAGCAGGUCACUUCUUCCAGGGGGUUGUAGAACUACCUAUAACAAGACAGACAUCCUCAGAGAUGUGUGGGAAUACUAUAGCACAACAUAGGAAAACUUUACAAAGUAGGAACUGCAACAACAAUGAGAUAAAACAUGCGUUGAUAGUUGACGGGGCAAGCUUGACGUAUGCUCUCUCUGAUCACAGUGCCAUCUUUAGGGAUGUUUGUCAGGCAUGUAGUACUGUGCUUUGCUGUAGGAUGUCCCCAUUACAGAAAGCCGAGGUUGUCAGAUUGAUUAAGAAGUCUUCAGCUAGUCCAGUAACUGCAGCUAUAGGGGAUGGGGCUAAUGAUGUAUCUAUGAUACAAGAAGCUCAUGUUGGACUAGGCAUAAUGGGCAAAGAAGGUCGCCAGGCUGUGAGGUGCAGUGAUUAUGCCUUCCCAAAGUUCCAAUGCCUACAGAGGGCACUACUAGUCCAUGGACAUUACUAUUACGUUAGAAUAGCCUACCUCGUGCAGUACUUUUUCUACAAGAACAUUGCCUUUAUCACAGCUCAGUUUUACUAUGCAUUCUUCUCUGCUUUUUCCGCCCAGUCUUUGUUUGACAGCUACUUCUUGAUGUUCUUUAACUUGGCGUUCACUUCGCUUCCUAUUCUUAUAUAUGGGUUGUUUGAGCAGAACAUACCACAAGAUGUUCUACUGCAACAUCCAAGCCUUUACAAGGAUAUAUCAAAAAAUGCACGUCUUUCAUAUGGCCAAUUUAUCAAGUACAAUAUUCUAGGAUACUGGCACUCUGCAGUGUUUUUCUUUGGAAGUCUACUGAUGUUUCAAUUUACUCCAAUACAUUCAGACAGCACAAUGGCUGGUAACUGGAUGCUUGGUGUGAUGGUCUAUACAACAUGUGUCAUCACAGUCAAUAUUAAGCUGUGUUUGGAGACAUAUUAUUGGACUGGUAUCACAGCUGCUGCUUUAGCAAUAUCUGCAAUUUUCUAUAUUGCUGGAACAAGUAUUUACAGUGUUGUCAUAUGGCCGUCCCUAUUUGUUGACCAACAAAAUAUGCUUGGAGUUUGGCACAAAAUGCUAUCUUCACCUACAGUCUGGUUGGGUUUGUUACUACUGGUUGUCAUGGCGCUCAUUCCUGACAUUGUGCUUGUUGCUAUGGGAAACACAUCUAGCAGUGUCAACCACCUACGCCAAAGUGGUAUCAACAAG